UUUUAAUUUACAAUUUAAUUGUAAAGCAAUCAAGCAAGCAAGCAAACAAACAAUCAAAAUACUCUCUAAUUAAUUUCUGCAAAUAAAUAAAUAUAAACAUAUAAGUAAGAAGUAAAUAAAUGCAGCAAGUUUAAUAUAAAUCAUUCAUAAGACUUUUAGCUAUUGUGUAGAAUGCGAGUUGGGGAGGAUUUAUAAUUGGAUACACAACAUCGGAAUUAGCUUUUUCUUAUAAAAAUAUAAUUGCAAGUUUUAACAAUAGUGAACAUGAAGAUCUAUUUAAUUUAUUAUUCGUAAUUAUUCUUCCUUUAGGUGGAAUAGUUGGUACAAUUAUCUAUUACUAUAUUUCAUAGCUGACUUCAAGAAGGAAUAUUCUCAUUAUUUCAGAUAUAAUUAAUAUUUUAGCGAUUUUUAUUGGUUACAAUUAAAUUUAUACAUUUAUGCUUUUGCGAUUUUUUGAAGGAAUAAGUAAUGCUCUGAAUUUUUGUGGAGUACUGCUAUACAUUAGAGAGAUUAUGCCUGAUUAAUAAGCAGAUAAGGGUGUUUUAAUAUUUUAAAUCAAUUUAAAUAUUGGGAUUAUUAUGGCAAAUGUACUUUGUUUACCCCUUGCAUCACCUGGCUCUGAAAAUUCCAAUUAAUAAAACCUAAAUUAUUACUGGAGAGUAAUAUUUGUAUUUCCUAUACUAAUUUGCUUCUUAAGAAUGUAUUGCCUAAUAUUUGUCUACGAUUUCGAGACUCCUUAUUACUAUUAUUCAAUGAAUCAGUAACAUAAAGUCAAUAGACUUUUAAAGCUAUUAUACGACCAUAAAUUUGUAGGACAAAUUCAAAAUAAAUUAGAAUAAAUAGGCUAAGAAGAAGAAACAAGCAGUCCUACUUAUAAUCUUAGAAAAUAUUUCUGUUCUAUUUUGGUUUCUAUUUAAUAAAUGACAGGAAUUAAUGUUGGAAUUUACUCUGCUUAAGCUUUAAUUGAUAUUUUUUCAAAUUAAGAUUAAUUAAGAGUGAUUACCUUAUUUUGUAACAUUUUACUUUUAAUAUCUGCUGUCAUAAGCUAUAUAUUCGAGUAAUAAAUUAAUAGAAAAACUAAAUUUAUAGGACUUAAUUUGCUUUUUCUAUUCUUAAUUAAAAUGGUAGAUAUAUUGCAAAAUUAGAAAAAUUCAUAUAUUUCAUUGAUCUGCUACUUCUUAUUUAAUUCGAUUUUUAACUUCAAUGUAGGUCCCUUAAUACUUAGUAUUACUAGUGAUUUGAAUAAAGAAAAAGGCAUUGCUAUUUCAUAUAUAUUUUAUUGGGUUUUUAAUCUAACCUCAGUCCUUGUUGGAUAAAUUAAACCUUUUACUGUAGGUUAAAUAAUCUUUGCAGUCGUUUGUUUAAUUGGGUUUGUAUUGCUUUAUUUCAAAGGAAUAGAAACGAAGGCUGUGCCUUACCACAUGAUUAAAUCACAAGAAUUUUUAAAAUAAUAACAAAAUUGAGAGAAAAAAAUUUACAAAUCUAUUUUAUUCUAUAUAUCAUAACAAAAUAUUUAUUUUAUAUUUAUUAUUAAUAUUGUAAAAAAUAAACGAACAAAUUAUUUGUAUAAAGUAACAAAGAAAUAAGUAUCUUAAUAUUAAUAAAUAAAUAUACUCCUCUUUUUAAGUAAAACCUUUAAAAUUUGAUGUGGAU